UCCUUGGCUUGGCGCGGCACAGCUAGGUUUAGGCCUAGCGGGGUGGCGAGCCGUUCUCGCCGAGCGCGUUGUGGCGGUGUGGCACACUUCUUCUUCCUUCUGAUGCUGCGAAUCCGCGGCUUUUUCCGAGCUUUUUUCCUUUGUUAUUUGGAGCAUGGACUGGCUGGGCUGGUACAUCAUGCGCGCACACUUUCAAAACUUGCCACAUACGUACACACACACAUGCGCACACUCACGCACAUACCCGACCAGGGCCGACCACCAGCCCCAUCAUAUCGAUCGGCCCACGACCGGCCCAUGACCACCGACCAAACCCGACCAGACCUACUCUCGCACAGGAGCAGGUUUCCUUUGUAGCAGUCGCUCUCUCACUCUCCUUUUUUCAUUUUCCCGAGUAUCUCAGUCUCGUUUGUUCGGUUUUUUCUUCUCUUUUCUCUCUCACGGUCGGCUUCUUUGCUUGUAACUGUUGUCUUGUCAUCAUAUACCCACUGAGCCUGUCU